CUUAUCAAUAGAUUUCAGAAUGUAUCUCAAUAUACGUGCGGUGUAGGUUUGUGUUAAAUUGUUUAUCGCUAGCUUCUGAAUUGGUAACUUCCUGCAGUGAUUGAGUGUGGUGUAUAAACUAUAGACAUGACAACAGCGGACGUGAGGUCGCUGUUCCAGGCGAAGUUGAACGAAAACCCGGACCACGGCUUUCAUCCUUCGGACUUGGAACGGAUAAAAGAUGAAAAUUAUAUGAAGAGAGUGAUGAAACACAAUGAUAACGAUCCUAAGUUGGCUAGUGAUAUGCUGUGGGAUAUAUUCACUUGGAGGAAGACGGUCGGUGCGAACGAUAUCAACGAAAGCAACAUCCGGUCAGAUUAUAUCUCUGAGGGGGCAUUUUUUCCCCACGGCAGAGACGUCGACGGCUGUCUACUACUGAUCAUAAAGUCCAAAAAACACGUCAAAGGCGUCAAAGACUUCGAGGAAAUAAAGAAAAUUAUAAUUUAUUGGUUUGAUCGCAUCGAACGAGAGGAAAACGGGAACCGAGUUACUCUGUUCUUUGACUUGGACGGCUGUGGUUUGAGUAAUGUGGAUAUGGAGUUGACUAAUUACUUGAUCGGUCUCUUCAAGAGCUACUAUCCGAGCUUCUUAAAUUAUAUUAUUAUUUACCAAAUGCCGUGGGUUAUGUCCGCGGCCUUUAAGAUAAUUAAGUCACUACUGCCAGCGAAAGGCGUAGAGAAGAUGAAAUUCGUUAAUAAAGAUACUCUUAAAGAGUUUGUAGAGCCAGAGCAAGCUUUGGCCUGCUGGGGUGGUAAAGAUAAUUACGUCUAUGAGUUCAUACCAGAGAAUAGGACCCAAGAGAGCCACACACCAAAAAAAGUUACGUUCGCGGAACAAGGAGAUAAUCACUCACCAGGCGAGAUGCUUAGAAUUAAUCCGAGCAAUUUGAUCAUAUUUAAAACUGACAAUGACGAAGUCACCGGCCAGUUCACCAUCACCAACAUGGAUGAAAGCGCUGUAUCCUUCAAAAUAAGGACAACAUCCCCUGAGAAGUUCCGCGUUCGACCGAGUUCUGGUACCCUAACUCCUAACGCCAGUCAGACAAUACUCAUAGUCGUGCAAUCCGGCUUCCAACUACGGAGUAUGGUGAAAGACAUGUUCCUUGUCAUGUCUGUACAAAUACCAAAGACAGAAUUAACAGCGAAAGAACUCAGCGAGAUUUGGCAGAACUCGUCCGGCAGUAAGGUUGACGAGUACCGUCUCAAGUGCCAAUUUCCCAUCAAGGAUUUACCCAAAAAUGGCAACACAGUCGAAGUGAAGAGCCAACAGAAGCCAGAUUCUGUUGUGAGCGCUCUAAACAACUUGCAAAGCAACUAUGAAGUCCUACAUCUUCAGAUACACAAGUUGAAGGUGUAUCAGAUGAUGACAUUGAUAUUAACGGUAGCGGUGGUCGUUUUGGGUGUAUUAAUCUACCAGAGUUCGAACGGCAGUGACAGAUACUGUGAGCGCAUCUAGCCCAUGGCCCUAGUGGUUCUAGGAACCACUAUUACUAUGGACGUAAUUUUUAACAGUUUAACUGUGCUGAUAAUGCUUUUAAAUAUGUAUCUCUGCAUCAAUUAUUGGAUUCUGAUCCACUCGGUGGAGAAAGUUCAGGUCGGAACAUAGUACUGUUUGAAGAAAAUUAAUAGAUAUCUGAAAAUAAAUUUACUAUCACCAAGAUUUGGUAUCCUUACCAUGAGACUGCAUUACAAACUACAAACAGAUAGUUUUGCAGGUCACUCAUAGAACUUUACACAUACUAGUACCAAUAGUUCGAGUACUAAGUUCCAUGAAACAAAUUUGUAAGGGUAAAGACAAUGUCAUAUAUGUGACUAGAGUUAGCGCGAUUAACCUAAAUAGAUUUUGAUAAAAUUUGGUGUAAAUAUAGACAAAUAUAAAGAGAAAAUCCUAAUAAAUCUAAGAUCAUUGAUUAAUUUUGAGUCGGGCAAAUUAAAUUAUAUCUUUUGGUACACUAGACCGAAUAUUCCGAUGUGACGUCAUUUUAUUGAGACUAUUUCAGAAAUGAGCAAUGUUUAAUCAACACUUAGCAUGUGCUUGUAAUAUUGUCACACAACGGCCAUGAUUUGAAGUAAUUGAAAUUAUAUUUUCGUUAUUCAAAAACCAAGGUCCUAUUGAGUUAAAUAGUAUGUUUGUGGGUAAAACCUUAAACGAAAUAUAUUUUUUUUCAAGUCUUCAUACAAAAUGUACAUAUGACAACAAUAUCGAAGAAAAAAGUUUUUUUUUUUAUUAUAUCAAAACAUAAAUCUAAACUCCAACAUCCAAAGAGGAUGUAAUGUAUGUAUUAUACAUAUGUGCUUGUAUAUAAACCUUUUUGAAUAUCUGUUAAAUGCCUUCGGUAUUUAACUCCUAUUUUAUAAUUAAAAAAAGUAAAAUACUUUGUAUUUAGAUUAUGAGUGUUAGAAGUAAAAGGAUUUGAAUUACAGAAAUGUUGUUAAGUAAGUAUUUUAUAAUGGAAUUGCUUUUUAGAUACAGCCAAUGUUAAGAGGAGUGUCUGUUUUGCAACUUUGGCCUACAUUUUGUACUGUUUUAGACUUUGUAAGCUUUUAUAUGGAAAUUGAGGUGUUUAUUAACAUUGUAAUUCUUAGGUAUUGUAAUUAUAAUCUGCACAAACAUUCCUAUAUUCAGUUAUGAAAUAAAAAUAUUGGUUUAUUUUAAGGGAUUCUUGUUACAUCAGGUUUAUUUUAUGUUAAAACUAAUAUAUAUAUAUAUCUUUGAAAGCGAUUUUUUGAAUGUUUUAUUUAGGUAACUAGUUGUAUGUAGCUGUAGAUUUAUGCCAAGUUUGUGGUUACGUUGUCAUAGUAAGUUAUUAAAAUUAUUAAAGGUUAAAUAUAUUGGGAAUAUUA